UUCAUUCACAUCACACUCAAAAUUUGACUAUUACCCUAACAUUUCCUCACUACGCUCUUUCUCUCUCUGGUGUCAAGAUGAAGACUGAUUCAUCAUCUAAGGAUAAUGUUGAUGGUAGAAAUAAUUUUUCCGUUAAAUCUGAUGUUAAUGAAUCAGUUCCAGUUGAGCUUCAGGAUCAUGUUAAGGUGCUUCGUCAAAUUGUUACUGAGAAUGUUUUGAACGAAGGUGAGGUUGAAGAUGAAAAAACAUUGGAUUUGAGUUCAAAAGAUGGAGGAGAAAUUGUUGAGGUAAUUCAUGAAUCUGUGGUUUCCGAUGCUAAAUGGAUUUGCAAAAGUCCCGAUGGUGGUUUAUCUUCAACGGCUUCAGAUUGGCCUUCCUUCAACACCGAGCCAUGUUCGUACCCUUAUUCUCUUGUGGGGGACGAGGAAGCAAUUGUCGCAGUUUGGCAUUUGCAGCACAGCGCAAUAGAUGCUUGCCAAAAGUUCUUAGCUCCCGAUGCAGGUUCUGAUUGUGAUGAGGAUGUAAUUGAAGAUGAAGAUGAAGAUGAAGAUGAGGGUGAGGAUGAAAGUGAAGAUGAGUUGGUUGAAAAUUGUGGUGAAGAAUCUGAAGAGUAUAAGUUCCUUGAAAAAGUGUUUGCUGAAGAUGUCGGCUUGAGGAAAUAUUACGAGGACAAUAACAAAGAAGGAGAUUUUUAUUGUUUGGUUUGUGGUGGUAUUAAGAAGAAAAUGUGGAAGAGAUUUAAGGAUUGUGUUGCACUAAUUCAACAUUCGACUACUAUACUAAGGACGAAAAGGAAGCGAGCUCACCGGGCUUAUGCACAAGUCAUCUGUAAAGUUGUUGGUUGGGACAUUGAUCAGUUACCAGGAAUCGUGUUGAAGGAUUUUGAUUCCUCCUUAAUAGCUUCAAGAAAGAUUUUGCUUGAACCCGAAAAACCUGCUGCUGUGAGUGGUGUUGAUGAUGGAAAUGGUGAACCUGUUAAUCCUGUUGAUAACUAAUAGGACGUUCUUAAUGAAAGUCAGCCACAAUGAUUAGGAUUAAAUAUGGUUUGUGUCUGAAGUUAGUCUUGGGAAUUUCCCUUGCUCUAAGGGAUAACUUUGUAAAUACUUGCUUCUCAAACCCCAUGAACUCAAAAUAUGAUGCUUAAAUUGCAAGUGGUUAUUCUCAUUUGCCCGUGUUCCUUUUAUAA